AUCCCUCCGCCCGCCGCGAAGUAGCGCCGGUCGCGGAAGUCGGUGCUGGCGGCUGCCGGGGGCCGCGGCAGGGCAGCGGCGGCGCCUCCCCCCCUUCCCCCUGCCCGGCCCGGCCCGGCCCUGCUGCCGCCAUGGCCACCCGCUCCUGCCGGGAGAAGGCGCAGAAGCAGAACGAGCAGCACCAGGCCAUCCUGGCCAAGCUGCUGCGGGAGGAGGACAACAAGUACUGCGCGGACUGCGAGGCCAAGGGUCCAAGAUGGGCUUCCUGGAACACUGGUGUUUUUAUUUGCAUCAGAUGUGCUGGAAUACAUCGAAAUCUUGGGGUCCAUAUAUCAAGGGUCAAAUCUGUCAACCUGGACCAGUGGACACCAGAACAAAUACAGUGCAUGCAGGAAAUGGGAAAUACUAAAGCAAGACUACUCUAUGAAGCUAACCUCCCAGAGAACUUUAGAAGACCUCAAACAGAUCAAGCCGUGGAAUUUUUCAUCAGGGACAAGUAUGAAAAGAAGAAGUAUUAUGACAAAAAUGCAGUAAAUACCUUCAAUAUAUCCUCUUCUGAUACUGCUCAACCUUUGACAUCCUCUCCUCUGCAAGCUGCUGCUGAGAAGAGCAAAGCAGAGAAGGAAAAAGAAAAAAAGAAAGAAGAGAAAAAGAGAGAGAAAGAAUCAGAAAAAACAUCUAAACAAGUAGCAGUUGAAAAGCCACAGAAGAAGGAGGAUCAGCAAUUAGAAGCUAAAGCAAGUCCAAAAAAGUCAUCAGAACCCACUAUUGACCUUCUAGGACUUGAUGGUCCAGCUGAAGCAUCUGUUACAAAUGGAGGCACUGCCACUGCCGCAGCAUUGAAUGAUGACCUGGAUAUCUUCGGUCCGAUGAUCUCUAAUCCUUUACCAGCAGCUGCUCUACCUCCUGCUCAGAGCGCUUCCAGUAAACCAACAGCUGCCACCUUGUCUGCAGCAUCCGGGGAUCUCGAUCUGUUCACUGAGCAAACAACAAAAUCAGAAGAGUCGGCAAAGAAACAGCUCUCCAAAGACUCCAUCUUAUCGCUGUAUGGCACAGGAACCAUGCAGCAGCAGAAUGCUCCAGGUAUGUUCAUGGGCUCGUCCUCUAUGCCAUUUACCACACAACCGUCAACUCAUUUUCAAGGUUUUCCAGCCAUGGGAGUUCCUGUGCCUGCAGCAACUGGAAUGAUGGGAAGCAUGAUGGGACAAUCGGUGCCAGUCAUGGGACAGAGCACGGGUGUGAUGGUAGGAAUGGGAAUGCCCAAUGGAUUUACUGGUACUACACAAACUGGUGUGAUGGGACUUCCUCAGAACGUCGUUGGACCUCAAGGUGGAAUGGUGGGACAAAUGGUUACUCCACAAAACAAGUACGGAUUGCAACAAAAUCAACAAGCUCAAUGGAACCUCACUCAGAUGAAUCAGCAAAUGGCCGGGAUGAGUCUCAGUAGUUCCAGCAACGUGAUGGGCUUUGGCCAGCCCCCCAGCACAGUGGCAGGAUGGACUGGAAGCUCCUCUGGUCAGACUCUGAGCACACAACUGUGGAAAUGAAAGUUGCAAUAGAAGUUUCCUCCAGAACAGCCACCUAACAUUCCUUGUCAAAUGCAUUUACUUUUGCUGUUCUCUCCAUGUACAUAUUCUUUUUCUUUUUCCCAAGCUGUUCAGAUUAAGAAUAUAACUGACUGACCGUGUUGUGGUCUAUAUUGAUUUAAAUUUGAUGUAGUGAAAAGCAGAUCAAGAAUACAUUUAUAUAUCAUUGGCAGCGUUUUCAUACAAUGCAUACAAUUUCACAGACCAUGUAUUUAAGAAGCUGCUUAACCACAUACUGAUUUUUUUCCCUCAAAAUUCUAGAUCAAAUGUUUGCAUAUAAGGGAUGUAGCUAUCAUGUUAGUAAUAUCCAAAAAUAUAAACCCUGACCCCACCCCCAAAAAAAAUUACCCAGUAAUCCUGUAGAAGGUACUGUAUGAACAAAUGUUUAAUCAUAUAUAAAUAGAAUGUAAAUGUAUCACUGAGCAAUGUUUUCUAGUGUAUCAAAGAAAUUUUGUUUCAUCAUACAUUUCACUGUGAUGUUAUUAUGGUGUGCAUAACAGGGAAUGUGGUUAUUGAAAGAAAGAUAAACCUGGAUGUUACUGUAGUUCUACAAAUUAAUAGUUUAUUCUUUUAAAAAAUGAGCGUUUGAUCUAUUUGAGUUUCCUGUGAUGAAGUACCCAAUCUGGCUCACGAGGCAUGUACACAGUAUUAAUGCUGAGAACUAGUGGCACAACAUGUAUACAAGGUAACUCAAUGUGAACAGAUAUAUUUUUCCUCGCAGUGAUCCAGGUUUAUGACAGUGAUUGUGUUUACAUUUUAUGGUGCCUCGUAAUGAUAAAAUGUUAUUUCCCUAUAUUAAAAGGAUAAAUCCAUAAA